AUGGAUUCAAGAAACACUUCAGUCUUCAUGGGAGAGAUCCUCAGCUCAUCCCCUCAGAAUGAGAAAGAGAAGAUCAUGGAGCAAAGUCAAGAAUAUUGCUCAAAAUGGGUUGAGCUUCCUGAUCACAUCACUGAGAUGAUAUCUAAUCGUCUUGGUUUCCCAGACAUUCUCCGAUUCGGUUCUGUCUGCAAGCCAUGGAGAUCGGUUUCAAAUGAGACAAGGAGACAUCGUUGCAGUCUCUCUUCGCAGCAGUCAUAUGUUCCAAUGGUUUUGUUCGAAUACAAUUUGAAGAAAGGAACCUUUGGUUUCUUCAGUUUUGAAGAGGGUAAGGUAUAUUGGAUCAGCUUAGACAUAGCCCCAGCUUCACAAUGCCUUGGAUGCUAUGAGGGCUGGUUAGUUAUGUUGUCACCCUACCUUCCCAAUUGCUUUGUAUUGAAUCCUUUCACAGGAACCCGAAUCGAUCUUCCAUGCUUCAAUAACCUAGGGGUUGACAUCUCAAAGGUGAUCUUUCUCUCCAAUCCUCUUGAUAUCACUUCUAAGAAGCCUAACUUUGAUUGUACUGUUGUAGCUUUAAACUCUUUGAAGACCGAACUGAACAUGUGUAGGCUCGGAGAUGAGUCUUGUACUAUCAUGAAAUUGGAUGGUCAUGGCCAGAUUCUUGGUAGCCUUAUAUUUUACAAGGGAGAGAUUUAUGUAAUGUCAAGAAGUGGGGAGCUUUGGACUGUAAAUUUGGCAGGUCCCAAGCCUAGUGCCCAUAAACGCGAAAUUGUUUUCCCAGAAAUUAUUUCUAGUUCUCUUCAUGAAUAUCAGGUAGAAUGUUACCUGGUAGAGUCAGAAGAGAACUUGUUAUUGAUUUUAAGGUUCAAGAAAAAAAGGGUUAGAAAAACAGUCAAAUUUAUGAUUUACAGGCUAGUAGAAAGUGCUGCUGAAUAUAUGUUGGAAAGAGUACCCUUUCUUGCUGAUGAUCAAGUGUUGUUCGUAGGGAGAUUUUGUUCCAAAUCUGUCUCAACAAGUCAAUGGAAAGGACUGCAAGGGAACUCAAUCUACUUCACUGAUGACAAAGUUCUGAAAUACAAGAAGGGUUUAGAAUAUCCUGAAAAGGGUAUUUUCAAUGUUAAGACUGGAAACAUUGGUCCUUAUAAUCUUUCAUUUGAUUUGUAUCCAUUCGACAUGCCGCACAUUUGGAUCACCCCUUCAAUUUGA